GCCCCGGCCACGCGCCUGGGGCUGCUGGGACUGUCCGCGCUGGCGCUGCUGGCGGCCAGUCGAGGACGCGGCAAGACUUUGUCGCGCGUCAUCAUGCAGGUCCGGAAGCCCACGCGCUGGGCGAAGCCGGCUGCCAAGGGUAUGAAACCCAUGAUCCACCGCAAGGAGACGAGGGACGUCUUCAAGGAUGGCUUCGAAGGCUGGGUGAAGCACAAGGACAAGAACUUGGCGUUCAUGGAGAAGGUGGUUCGACAGCAGCUGCACGGGCGGGUGCAGUUCCAGUUCGC